CCAAAAAUCAGACUGCUGGAUGCAAACGAUCAAUGGCAGAAACCAUUUCACUUUUACUUCAAAACUAAAGCAUCAUUCUGAUCCUUUUCAGUGGGAUUCAGAGUUCAUUUCAGUCGUUUAACUCAAUCAUAGCUGCGCGCAAGAGAGUCGCUCUUUCUUUCAGUCUGCACGAAGCGUUUACUGUUUCCUUCAUUCACACAAUGUCCGAUCAGCCGGUAACUUUACCCAUGUGCAGGCGACUGACGUACGCCGUGGGACAUUUCUUCAACGACCUCUGCGCGUCUAUGUGGUUCACGUAUUUGCUGGUGUAUUAUAACUCGGUUCUCGGUUUCAAUGAUAAGAACGCAGGUGCGCUGCUGCUGGUCGGGCAGAUCGCGGACGGGAUCUGCACUCCGCUUGUUGGUUACGAAUCCGAUCGGACGUCAGGAUGUGGAAAGUAUGGGAAAAGAAAGACCUGGCAUUUAGUGGGAACAAUAAGUGUAUUUGCCUCCUUUCCAUUCAUAUUAAACCCCUGCAUUGGAUGUGAUGAGAGAACCCCACAGACCACAGGAUUGAUUUACAUCAUCCCAUUCAUCAUCAUCUUCCAAUUUGGCUGGGCUGCUACCCAGAUAUCCCACCUGUCGCUCAUUCCUGAGCUGGUCACAUGCGAGCAUGCCAAAGUGGAACUAACCUCAUACAGGUAUGCUUUCACAGUGGUGGCAAACAUUGUGGUAUAUGCUGUGGCUUGGCUCUUGUUUCACUUCCAAUACCAACAUACAGAAGACCCAUCGAUUUCCCAGAAUCUGGGCUGGGUUGAUGUUCCCACAUUCCGAUAUCUGGCACUCAUAAUGUGGGCCAUCGGUACUGUUACCUCCGUCAUCUUUCACGUGGGCACUAAGGAUGAAGGAGUCGAGCCUCAGGAGAGUGAAGAGACUCUUAUCCGAAGCUCUUCCCAGAACUCCGGACCCCUGCUCCAAUGGAAACACUGGCUCAUCGAGCCUGCCUUCUAUCAGGUUGCCCUACUAUACAUGUUCACAAGACUGAUUGUAAAUUUGUCCCAAACAUACAUCCCGAUGUAUCUGAUAAACUCCUUAUCACUUCCAAAGAACUACAUUGCAACUAUUCCCCUGGUCAUGUAUGUCAGUGGGCUUGUGUCUUCUCUGGUUUUGAAGCCUGUUAACAAAUGGAUCGGCACCUCUAUGGCCUAUUUUGUAGGUCUUGUGCCCAUUAUGGGGUUUUCCUUUUGGGUUUUGGUGGACACAAACAUGGGUCCACGGGUUUACGGAGCCGCCGUGCUGCUGGGAGCUGGAUCUGCUGUCAUUCUGGUCAUGUCACUGUCCAUGACUGCCAAUCUCAUCGGAGAUCAAAGACAAAGUGGUGCUUUUGUAUAUGGUGCAAUGAGCUUCACUGAUAAGGUGGCAAAUGGAAUUGGAGUCAUGAUAAUACAGACUUUACACCCCUGUCACACACUGGACUCUGACUGCAAAAGGUUUUACCGCACUGUCAUGGUGAUUAUUACCGGCGGUGUGGCUGGCGUUGCAGCUCUCUGUCUCUCUACCAUUCUCAUCUGGCCCAUCACAAUUCAGCGACGUCUGGCGGUCAUCAGAGGGCUGAUUGGUACAGAUGAUGAUGAAACGAGCAGCUGUGAGAUCAACGGAAUAAUGAACUGACAGAUUCAGUGUUAAAAACAUUCAACAUUCUGUGAAACACUGGGCCUCCCGCACUUAGUCUCAGCACUUUGGAGAUUUGAUUUUUUUUUUUUUAGCAUUGUUCUUAUAUUCUCAAGAGGCUCUUUGUGUGAUGUUUUUAUGAGCUCAGGUCUGUCACAUGGAGUGACGACUCAAACAGGACAACAAUUACACAACACAUUCAAGACAAGGAAGGAAGUUGCUCUGUCGAACAUUUUCAGGAUUCCACUGGAAAUCAAAAACACACCUAGUUUGUAUGCACACUUUGUGAAGUGCUUUUUUUUUGUUGUUAACAACUGUUUAUUGAAUUUUCUUCUGGGAACAAUAGUAUAAAACAAAAAGCAACUGUGCAAAUUUAGAACCUAUCCCAAACCAUCCCACCCCCUGGUAGACUGAAAAAAAUAAAUAAACAUGAAUUAAAUAAUAUUAAUACAUAAAUAACAAUAAAAUAUUUUUUUAACAAAGAUUUUAGUGUGAAGUGCCUUUUGAACACAAUACAGAUACUGGCCAUUCUUGAAAGAUUCACAGAUACUUUUAUGGAAAGUGACUUGCUGUAAAGUUACAAUAGCACAAAUAUGUUUUCAGUAAAGCUUGUUCAGGCAGUUAUGCUUGUACUGUGUUGAAGUGGUACACGUGAUACUUGCAAAACAUUUUUACUAAAGCUAAUAGUUUUGGGUUGGUGUCAUUCUGUUGUCAUUGGUUCUGUAUUUACAUUCCAUGGACCAGAACAAAGAAAUAUUCACUGCUAAGUUAAAUAACAAAUCCAUUUUUUUCUGCUUACAUUUGUAUCCACUA